AAAGUAUAAAAGCGGCCCAUGCAUUCAGUGUCAAAACUCUCUUUUUUUUGGACAAAUUAAUGAAUACUCUGAUCAUGGAACAAAUUAAAAACAUUUUGCUAUUGUUUUCAGUGUCUUUUGUAAUUAAUUCUCAAGCUUCACCAGAAAAUGCUCAGACAAAGCAAGAUGCAUCAUCUGUGGUUAUUGCUACUGAGUACUAUAAUAUGGGAUCCAAUGAAGAGGCUGUCUACUUACCCUUCCCUGAUGAUUCUAAAUAUCUCCAAGACGUGUCUUCAGAUUUACGUGAAAUCCAGUUUACCCUUAAAGAGACAUUGUGUCUAAAAUCAGAGACCCAAACUCCUGAGCACUGUCUAUUUCGAGACAAUGGUGAGAUAAAAGUCUGUACAGCUCAUUUUGAUGAGGAGAAUAAUCUAGAGAACAUGACGUGCAAUGCUGCGGUUAAGAAAUCUCGCACAAAAAGAUCCCUUAAGAAACUCAAAAAGAAACUCAAAGAGAAAUUCAAAAAGACAUUCAAUAAGGAUGUCAAAAAGAAACUCAAAAAGACAGCAAAAGACUUUUUAAAAAAGAAGGCAAUUGAUUUAAUAAAGUCUUAUGGGAAGCGAUAAAAAAAAAUAUGUAUUAUGUUGCCUCUUGCUAUAUUACAGUGGCGUAUUUAGAUUUUGUGCUGCCCUAGGCACUCAAAAUUCUGCUGCCCCCCUACCCCCACCCAUCCCUAAGGUUUUAGGCCUUUUGGGAGGGGGGCGGAGAGUAAUGUGAAUUUUUUUUUCAUGGAAUUUCCAAAGUAAAUGUUCACAAGGACUUGCAAAACAUUUGCAUACACACAGUUAUACACAUACACAAACAUGCACACACACACAUAUUUAUCUAUUGGCGCAAUGUAUAUAAACCCCCAAAUACAGAUUUCUUGAUACAAUGCUUCCCUAAACAGAAUACAAAGUGCCGAAAGCCAACAGAACUAAAGGCAGUAGCUAGCUCAAUUUCUUAUUAUACCCCCAUACAAUGUAAGCUCUUUGGGCAACAUUUCUUAUUAUAUACCUGUAUAAUACUUCUAAAAAAACUCUAAGCUUUUUCACAAAUAUAGCCACAAAAAACGUGCUGCCCCUCUCCAAUCUGCUGCCCUAGGCAUGUGCCUUGUUUGCCUAGGCCAAAAUACACCCCCGCUAUAUUAUUUUUAUAUUACUGCAAAUAAAUGAUUUUGAACGUUUUGAUGAUAUAAUUGUUAUUAUCAAUAUGAAAAAUAAAAAUAAACAAUGAAUCACUUCUGAUUACCAAA